CAGGCAGUGCCUUAGACGUCCUAGUUGGGGUCCUACAGGCAGAGGGAAGUAGCUCGAUCUGCGCAUGCUCUUUCCUUUCCUGCUCGGCUGCCGAGAAAGCUGCAAAGAUGUUGAUGCCCAAGAAAAACCGUAUUGCCAUCUACGAGCUCCUGUUUAAGGAGGGCGUUAUGGUGGCCAAGAAGGAUGUGCAUAUGCCAAAGCAUCCAGAGUUGGCAGACAAGAAUGUACCUAACCUCCAUGUCAUGAAGGCUAUGCAGUCUUUGAAGUCUCGAGGAUAUGUGAAGGAGCAGUUUGCUUGGCGUCACUUUUACUGGUACUUGACAAAUGAAGGCAUCCAGUACUUGCGGGAUUUCCUACACCUUCCUCCAGAGAUUGUUCCUGCAACUCUAAGAAGGAGUCGUCCUGAGACAGGCAGACCACGACCUAAAGGUCUAGAGGGUGAACGUCCUGCUCGCUUGUCCCGUGGUGAGACAGACAGAGAUACCUACAGACGCAGUGCUGCUCCACCUGGUUCUGACAAAAAGGCUGAGGCUGGUGCUGGAGCCGCUACAGAAUUCCAGUUUAGAGGAGGAUUUGGACGUGGUCGUGGACAGCAGCCCCCCCAGUGAUGCACAUAAAAUUUCAUUUGUGAAUAAAUUUUUGACACCACUUA